CGUCGGAGAGACAAGACGUUGGUCGUGUUUUGUUCAGUAAAUAUUUGUGGAGGUUUUGUUGUGUUGUUAUUGCUUAUCGGUCAGUCAUGUCUGGACGCGAAGCCCUCAACAUGAAGUUACCGCCGAUCCAGUCCACGGCUGGAGCCGUACCGAUUCGAAACGAAAAAGGUGAGAUCUCUAUGGAGAAAGUAAAGGUAAAGAGGUAUGUGUCUGGUAAGCGUCCGGACUAUGCUCCGAUGGAGUCAUCAGAUGAGGAGGAGGAGGAUUUCCAGUUUGUGAAAAAGGGCAAAGAUGCAGAGCCAGAGUUGGAGCUGGAGGAAGAAGAAGUCUCUGAUCCACGUCUCAAACGUCUGCUCAACCGAGUCUCUGAGGAUGUAGAGGAGAGGCUUGCACGGCACAGACAGAUUGCAGAGCCUGAGCUGAUAGCCGAGAGUAGCGAAGAUUCAGACGAAGGGACCUGGCACCCAGAACGGGAAGAGAGCAGUGAGGAGGAGGAGGAAGAGGAAGAGGAAGAAGUGGAUGAUGAGGAAAUUGAAAGGCGGCGUGCAAUGAUGCGUCAGAGAGCACAGGAGCGAAAGAAUGAAGAGAUGGAGCUCAUGGAGGUAGAAGAAGAGGGGAGGUCUGGGGAGGAGUCUGAGUCAGAGUCGGAAUAUGAGGAAUACACAGACAGUGAGGAUGAGGCAGAGCCUCGGCUGAAACCUGUAUUCAUUCGCAAGAAAGACAGGGUGACUGUUGCAGAGCGUGAGGCAGAGGAGCAGAGGCAGCGAGAGCUGGACGUGGAGAAUAAGCGGCAGGCAGAAGAGAGGCGUCGCUACACUCUUAAGAUAGUUGAGGAGGAGGCCAAGAAGGAGUUUGAGGAGAACAGGCGCACGCUAGCUGCGCUCGAAGCCCUGGACACUGAUGGAGAGAAUGAGGAGGAGGAGUAUGAAGCCUGGAAGGUCAGAGAACUCAAACGCAUCAAGAGGGACAGAGAGGCCCGAGAAGCCAUGGAAAAGGAGAAGACAGAGAUUGACAGAUUCCACAACUUGACGGAAGAGGAGAGGCGGGCGGAGCUCCGUAACAGCGGUAAAGUCAUCACAAAUAAGGCCUCCAAGGGAAAAUACAAGUUCCUCCAGAAAUACUACCACCGGGGAGCCUUCUUUAUGGACGAGGAGCAGGAUGUUUACAAGAGAGACUUCAGCGCACCGACUUUAGAAGACCACUUCAACAAAACCAUCUUGCCCAAAGUUAUGCAGGUCAAAAACUUUGGUCGCUCUGGGCGCACUAAGUACACCCAUCUGGUGGACCAGGACACCACAUCAUUCGACUCUGCCUGGGCGCAGGAGAGUGCUCAGAACAGCAAGUUCUUCAAGCAGAAGGCCGCAGGAGUGAGGGAUGUGUUUGACAGACCCACACUAAAGAAGAGGAAGACCUAAGGCUGAUGAACUGGGACAAACUUUGUCAGGCUCGCAAUGCAGCUUCAAAGACUAUUCUGAGAUUUUGUAUGUGGUCUGUACUGAGCUUAUUUUAUAUCUACAGUGAUUCUAGACCAGUGUUAUAAAUUCAAGAACACAUCCAUUCUUUUGUGGCUUCUGAGGAUCUGUUCACAGCAGAAAGGAAAAAAGUUGCUCAGAAGACUUGCAUGAUAGUUCCUCAGUUCAUUUUUAAAGUGCAAUAGAGCAAUACUUCCUUAAUUUGUAAUGGGAUAAACCUUUCAAAGAUAACUUAUUUGUCCCUUACAACUGUCAUAACAAAAGAAAUCUUAAAAGAUAGUCAAGCUAUUACAUUUGGGCAAAAAUGUGAAGUGAAGGGGAUGUCAGCCUUGGACAAAAUUGCUUUAAAUUGCUUUAAUUUGGGAAGUUUAGAUCUGCUUAUAUCAAGUUUUGGUGUCCUUCACAAAAUAUUACCGCAUUGACACUGAAUGGGAAAAUAAUUCUAUUGAACAUUGUAACAGUACGCAAUGUUGUUUUUUUUUACAAGCAUAUAGAUGCAGUCCUCGGUUCGUUCAUUGCUUUCACGUGAGAUAAUCCUAUUUGCUAAUUAAAGCCCAAAUGUGUUUAGAAGGAACAACGUCUAUAGUUAAUCAAGGGUCUUUAAUUCUUUUAACAUUAACUGGUUUGAAACUUGGCUUCCUUAGUAACAGACUUUGGAAAUAUUUUAAUGUUCAACAUGUGACAGAUAAUUUAACAAGUUACCCCCCCCUUUUUUUUUCCUCCCCAGUUGUACUUGGCCAAUUACCUCACUUUUCCAAGCCAUCCCGGUCACUGCUCCACCCCCUCUGCCGAUCCGGGGAGGGCUGCAGACUACCACAUGUCUCCUCCGAUACAUGUAGAGUCGCCAGCUGCAUCUUUUCACCUGACAGUGAGGAGUUCCACCAGAGGGACGUAGUGCGUGGGAGGAUCACGCUACUCCCCCCCAGUUCCCCCUCCCCCUGAACAGGUGCCCCGACUGACCAGAGGAGGUGCUAGUGUAGCAACUAGGAUCACACCCACAUCUGGCUUCUCACCUGCCGACACGGCCAAUUAUGUCCGUAGAGGCACCUGACCAAGCCAGAGGUAACAUGGGGAUUCAAACCGGCGAUCCCUGUGUUGGUAGGCAAUCCAGACGCCCCAAGUUAAUUCUGAUUGAGGCUUUUUUUCUCUUCAUACGCUUAGACUGGAAACACACCAGCCAUUCUCAGCAUGUUCAUUUUCUUCUAGUGAAAAUCACCCAGAAGACCUCAUACAU